AUGGGUGCCAAGGUACACAUGGGUCCUGGGUGCCAAGGCAAGACAGCUCAAGAUAUUGCACAAGACCGGGGCAACAGUGAACUGAUCUCGGCCAUUCAAACCAAGCUGGAUGGCAGUUGUAGCUACGGCCAGGACUCCUACCCGCUGGGCGCCACCAGAUUUGAGUCUUGCAGUGAAUGGAAGUGUAACAGCAAGUGCAACUGGGAGAACACUGGCAAUGAAGACCCAGCGUGUGCCGUUACUGUUGUCCCCGAGGGUGGUGAUGGUGGCGACACUGAUCUAGAUUAUGGUGGUGACUAUAGUACAGACAAUGACAACGGUGAUUAUGGUAGUGGCAUGAGUUGUGCUUCUGGCUAUCAACUUAAGUGUUGCCGGUGUUGUCAGUGCGAGGCUAUAACAUCCACCACGCAUGUCGCACCUGCUGCCCUUAAGAGAGCCUUGAGCAAUGUCUCAGCCGGUGCUGGAGUAAGCGGUGAUCGCCGUUUUUACAUCGCUCCAUAAAAAGACCAUCCGUCUCCAACUCUUAAUACUGUUCCCUAUCCCAGGAAGGUUAUCGCAAGAAGGUUAUCCUGGGAAGUUCUUCUCGGAAAGUUCAUCACAUGAAGUUCAUCCCAGGAAGAUGAUUCCAAGAAGAUCAUCCCACGAAGGCUACCCCAGGAAGGUCAUACCAGCUAGCUCAUCAGGAAGGUCACCCCAGGAAGGUGAUCCUCCCAUGAGGGUCAACCUAUAAAUGUUAUCCUAGGAAGAUCAUCCUAUGAACGUUAUACCAGGAAGGUCAUCCCAGGAAGGUCAUUCUAGGAAGGUCAUCCCAGAAAGGUCAUUGUUUCGAACCUUGCCACUAUUAAGAUAUAUUUUGUGUAGAGAAAGUUUAUGCAGCAAUUUACCUAAAGAGAGAGAGAGAUAGGUUAUGAAAGAAAACAAGUGUGUAUAUGUUAUAAUAACAAUUCAUUACAGCAGAUUGAUGAAGAAAAUGACAAUUGAGUUAAAAUUCACCACUCACUGAACGUUGCACAACAGGUCAAAAAAGCUAAUCAAACCCUAGGAAUAAUCAAGCAUACCUUUGACUUUAAGGCAGGUAAUGAUUCAAUUGCAUAAAUCUUAUGUAAGUCUCCCACCAGAUUACAAGUUUUUAUGUAAUCUCACCAACCCAUUGUACCUUCUAACAAAUAAAAAUUAUUAUUAUUA